AUGCUCGCCCGUGUAGCAUUCAGAAACGCCGUCAGCGUCCGGGCUUUCGCCUCGCGCGCCGCCGUUGCGCCGCGCGCACUCCCCGCCCUGGCUGUGCGCCCCGCUGCCUUCGCCGUCACCGCUGCUCGCGCGUACUCGGCUGCCGCCAAGCUCAAGGAGGAGGAGGAGGACCUCUUCAACGGUGUCCCCAUCAACGCGGCUCCCAAGGCCGAGGCUGCCCCCGAGGCUGCUGAGGACAGCUUCUUCGCGCCGGAGCUCACCAAGGCCGCCGAGGAUGUUGUCGACGCCGACGCACCGCUGCCUUUCUCCGCGCUCAAGGGCCGCGUCGACGAGAGCACCCUCAAGGCGCUCACUGUCAAGCCCUUCAACCUCAAGACCAUGAGCGAGGUCCAGAAGCGCGUCCUCAGCCGCAUGCCCGAGCUGUCGGGCGGCAAGACCCCCGAGAGCAUCGUCGCUACCGAGACUGCCGAGCAGACCGCAGAGCGCGAGCUCCGUGAGAAGCGCGGUCGUGAGGACCUCCUCGUCAAGGCCAAGACUGGUACCGGCAAGACUAUCGGUUUCCUUGUGCCCGCCCUUGAGUCGCGCCUCAACACCCUCGAGGCGAUGGCCCAGCCCGGUACCGACGCCGAGGGCAACCCCAUCCGUGGCCGCCACGUCAAGGACCUUGCCAUGGAGAAGGUCGGCGCUCUCGUCAUCUCGCCCACUCGUGAACUCGCUACCCAGAUCGCCACCGAGGCCACCAAGCUGAUGAGCUGGAACAAGGACCGCCAGGUGCAGCUCUUUGUUGGCGGCAACUCGCGCUACGACCAGCUCAGGCAGUUCAACAACCCCCGUACCGGCCGCAAGGACGUCAUCGUUGCCACCCCUGGCCGUCUUCGUGAUUUGCUCGGCGAGCCCGAUGUUGCGCGUGCCAUCCGUGCCACCGACACCCUUAUCCUCGACGAGGCCGACACCCUCCUCGACAUGGGCUUCAGCAAUGACCUCAACUUCAUCCUCGAGCACCUCCCCGAGAGCCGCCAGACCUUCCUGUUCUCGGCUACCGUCUCGCCCCAGGUUAAGAAGAUUGCCCGCGACUUCCUCAAGCCCAACCACAGCAUGAUCGACUGUGUGCCCGAGGACGAGUCGAACACUCACGAGCACAUUCCCCAAUACGUGACCCUCCUUCCCGACGCGUCGCACCAGCUUCCCCACCUUGUCCGCCUUAUCGCGCACGACCAGCUCGUCAACCCCAACUCCAAGGUCAUCGUCUUCCUCCCCACCACCAAGAUGACCAUGCUCUUCGCCACUCUCCUCCGUGAGAUGAGCGGCAACAUGCCUACUGAGCGCCUCGGCGUCUACGAGAUCCACUCUCGCCUCACGCAGAACAAGCGUACGCGCGAGUCUGACAACUUCCGCAAGACGACCCGGCCCUCGGUCCUCAUCACGUCGGACGUUUCGGCCCGUGGUGUCGACUACCCCGGUGUUACGCGUGUUAUCCAGAUCGGCAUCCCCUCUACCCCCGAGCAGUACAUCCACCGUGUUGGACGUACCGGACGUGGCGGCAAGAAGGAUGGCCGUGGUGACAUUCUUCUCCUCCCCUUCGAGGCCGACUUCCCCAAGCAUCUCCCGAGCGUGCCGUUCAAGGACGUCGGCGUCCGCGAGUUCAAGGAGGAAGUUGAGGCCCUUGCCGCGCAGGCGUCCAACGGCGAUGUCGAGCGUGUCGGCAAGAUCAACAACAGUGUGAAGGAGCUCCUCCCGGCUCUCGACCCCGAGGCGAUCGAGGACGUCAUGGGAUCUCUCAUUGGCUUCUACGCCGGCAAGCUGGACACGGCUAAGGCCGACGGCGCCGAGAUGCUCCAGGGCCUCCAGAACUGGUCGACUCAGGGCGCCGGUCUUGCCGAGCCUCCAUACUUCUCGCCGCAUUUCCUCGCCAAGAUGGGCCUGAGCGACAAGAAGAAGAAGUCGUUUGGAAAGCGCGACGGAAACGGAGGCGACCGUGACCGUGGCCGCUCGUCGUUCGGCCUGAACAAGGGUGGUGACCGCAGGAGCGACUUUGGCGACCGCAAGGACCGCCACCGCUCCGACGGCCGCCGUUCGUCUCCCCAACACGGAGGCUUCCCCCACUCUGACCGCAAGGGCUACAGCGACCGUGGCUCCUCGGCCGCCCGUGGCGACUUCUCCGGUGUCCGCCCACCAAGGGACGGCGCCCGCCGUGGCUGGGAGAGCCGCUUCGAUGAGCGUGCCUCGGCCCGCUUCGGCGAGUCGCGCGGCGGCAGCUCGUGGGGCAACCGCGAUUAA